AUCAACUUUCUUUAGUUCCUUUAGAUUGUCAUGUUGUCCUUUAUUUGGUCACUGUUCCCUGCUGUAAACCAACCCGGAAGACAAGCGAGUCUACACCAAUGCACAGUGUGAAAAACACUGGCGGCACUGGCUGAACAGUCAAUACAACGAAUCUUUGGAAGUUAACGUGAACAGGAAAAACUGGAAAUGUAGAAUGGAUUGUAAGUUGUUGACAUUCGUCUUUGCGAGCUUUGUGGUGUACGUUAUCAGGGGACAAGAAUUCAAAUGCAAAUUCGUACCACACGCUAACUGCAUUGUGAAUAACUCACUCGAGGUGUCUGCAGUAGGUGAACUUAUGGAAGAUGAAAUUCGAGAGUAUGAUUGUAUUCCUACCAAUAUGUGCAGCGAUACAGAAGACGAAUGUAAGUCGUUUUUGCUAAGGUUUACCAGCCCGCUGGACGCAGCAUCUAAUACAACUUUACAUAUUGCGUACCAAACUGGAGAAGGCAAUCACAAUAUAGAACAGAACAUCGGUUUACAAAAAGAAUAUUCAUUCACGUUCAACACAUCUAAAGGGUAUACUAUUGAAUUCCGUUGCAGACAUGAUCAAGAAAGUUUCAAAUACGUACUUAUAGAUGCUCUAGAAGUCGCAUGUCAAACCAAAUGCGACAUUUCUGGAAGUAAAUCCAACACUGCAAUAAUCAUAGUUGUUAUGAUCCUACUGCUGACUCUUGUAGUUUUUGUUGUGUUACUCAUCCUACGACGCAAAAGGAAAGCAAAAGAAAAGGCGAAGUUUGAUAGAGAAAACCCAGACUACCAGAGUCUUAAAAGAAAUCGGGCUUCCCGACAAUACCAAUUUCUGUCAAUGUGGCAAAAACGAAUCAAAAGGAAUCCAUCAUCCGCGUCAGAACAAGUUUAUGAAGUAUGCGGCAAAAUUGUUGAAUGUCAAAAAACACAGAAAGAUGAGUCCGAUGUCCUGGAUUACGAUUACGCCUACGCACAGUCAGUCGCUGGUCGUUUACAAAAAGGUUUUGAAGAUUCCGGGGGAUAUUUGAAGCCAGAUCAACUUGAUGAAGAAGCGUAUUUGAAACCUAGUCCAUCUUCCUCUAAAAGAAGCAUAAUUGUAGAUUCUAAUAACACCGAUAAAAAUGGAUAUUUAAAACCCAGUUCAUCUAAAACAAAUAUAUCAUCAAGUCCCAGAAAUUCAAAGAUCGAGACUGAUAUUACAUCAGAUGACGACUCUGAUUAUGAAUACGUUGUACCAAAUGACGUAAUCCGGGACGCGUCACCAAGGCGACCGAAUUCUGAAACACCAAAAGAAAAACCAAUAGUUCCUAGAAAACCUAAGUCUGCAAAAUCAUCACCGGUUACAAAACGACCUCAACCGAGCCCACGAGCUAACAAAAGGGCGAGCGCCUCCGCCGAUAAGGACUAUCUGUCCAUAAUUGAGCCAGAAAGGACUUUAAAGCAACAAUCAAUAAAAAAUAACGAUUUUACCACAUAAUAUAUUUUAAUUAAAAUUAAUCAAUUAAAAAGUGUAAAUAUGUCAAAUAAAACUCGGGAAACAAAGUAUAUUUGCCAGAUUUUAUUAAUGAAGUUCAUAAAAACGUGUUAGGCCAUAGGCCUUCAGGGGCGGAUCCAGAUUUUCUUUUUUUAAUGUGCAGGGGGAACAACAACAGUUCCAGAAUAGAUAAGUGAGUAGCACAUAACAUUGAUACUGGAUCCGCCCUGGCUUUUAUCAGAUGUAUAAAGAGGCCUUUAUUUCAGAUGUAAAGUAUAUAAUCCUAGUAAAACUUAUUUAAACAUUCGGGACGUAAAACAAUACAGAUAUUGUUUUUUCUAAUUUUUUUUCCUUCAUUAAUACUAAACUUUUCUGUAAUAAGAUAAUUUCUGUAAUUUUCUCCUUAUAUAAAUUAUAUAUAAGAUAUUACAUACUAAGUAAGAGCAAUUUUUUUUUUUUAAUUAUGAUAGGCCUAUUUCUGCUAUUUAUUGUAUUGUAUUUAAAUGCCUUAUGUUUAUAUUUAUUAAU